UUUGAAUUUAAACUGGAGUGUUUAAUAAAAAUAUUUGUUACGAAUCGCGAUUAAACAAAACAUUUAAAGAAUGUUCCAUAAUGAUGACGACGAUGAUGAAUCAAUAUUAGUUGAUGAUGGGAAUGAUGGUGAUGAUGAUGAGGAGGAUGAUGUGACGUCCAGGAUCCGAGCGUUACAAGAUACAAUUGCAAACAAGAAGAAAGAACUUCAUAUACUUGAACGGAGGUUGAGUCAUUUGUUGGAAAAGCAGCAGACGAAAGUAAAGUACUCGCCACCGAUAAGUGAGCAGAAAUUGACCAACGAUGAAAUCCUGAGAUACAGCCGCCAGCUUAUUCUGCCUGAGAUCGGCGUUAAAGGUCAGUUGAAACUGAAGCACUCAUCAGUGUUGAUCGUUGGUUGUGGGGGCCUUGGAUGUCCUGUAGCCCUCUAUCUGGCAGGGGCUGGUGUAGGCAAAUUAGGGUUAGUGGAUUAUGACGUGGUGGAGGUGAGCAACUUGCACAGGCAGAUAGGCCACAACAUGGAGACCGUCAACAAACUCAAGUGCUCCUCACUGGCCAGCACAUGCCACAGAUUGAAUCCCGAAGUAAAGAUCAGAGAAUACCCACUUCAACUCAACAGUGAUAACGCCCUGGACAUCAUUGCACAGUAUGACGUAGUGGUAGAUGGAAGCGACAACGUGGCCACCAGGUACUUGCUGAAUGAUGCCUGCGUUCUCAGCCGCAAGCCUCUCGUCUCCGGAAGUGUCCUAAAAUUUGAAGGACAGCUGACAGUGUACAACUACGACAGUUCAACUCCUUGCUACCGAUGUCUCUACCCUCAACCACCCAACUCUGUCACCAACUGUUCUGAUGGGGGCGUGCUAGGGCCUGUUGUCGGUCUUAUUGGCACGUUACAAGCCAUAGAAACGAUUAAAAUACUCGUUGGAAGACCACCAACGUUUGCCAAGCGGUUGUUGCUGUUUGAUGGGAUGGAUGGGUUGAUCAGGAGUGUUAAGUUGAGGAACAAGAAGCUGGAUUGUUGCGUGUGUGGCAGUCAUCCUUCCAUUCAUCAGCUUGUUGAUUACGUUCAGUUUUGUGGAGCUGGCCCUGACGACAAGGAAAAGCCGGUCAGUUUACUUGAUCCCGUUGACCGAAUAACUGUCAAGGCCUACAAAGACAUGCUGGAUCGAGGUGUCAGUCACGUGCUUGUUGACGUCAGGGAACCCGUGGAGUUGGAAAUAUGUCAGCUACCCUGUCUGUCCGUCAAUGUCAGAAUGAGAAACUUGGGCAAGCCGGACACCAAAACGUUGAUCCUCACUCAGUUGGAGAAGUGUCAGUCCAACAAAGUUGUCGUCUUGUGUCGUCGCGGCAACGAUUCGCAAGAAGCUGUCAUCAAGUUGAGGCAACUAUUGCAGAACUCCUUUGCUGCUGCUGCUGCUGAUGUCGAUGAUGCUCACACUGGUGAUGAUAAUGAUGCUAGUAGCUCUGGCGAUAGUGGUAGUAGUUUUAAAGAGGAUGAUAAUUUUCCUAAUUACGAAACAGCUUGCGAAGCCACCACACCAACUACUGCUGAUUCUAUCACAAACUCUAGUGACGAUAGUAUCAAAAAUGUCAAUAAUAAUAAUAAUAAUAAUAAUAACAAUAAUAAUAUGAAUAAAAAGAAGAACAGUAAUAAUAAAAAUAAUUGCGCACUGGAUGCGGAGGGAGUGUAUGAAUAUUAUGUAGUUGACAUUGUGGGCGGGCUGUAUGCGUGGAAGAAACACGUUGAUAAGGACUUUCCCAUCUAUUAGCUGGUUGCUUCUUUUUCUCUUCAAGUUUAAAAUAUCUAUGAAAUUGUUUUAUAUUUUGAAAAAGAAAUUUUAAAAAUUUGUUAA